AUGCUCUUGCCAUGCGCGUGGUCCAAGCCCACGAUUUCACCCGGCAUCACGGGCGGCAACGAGGCGCCGGUGGGCAAGUUCCUCUACACGGUCGGGCUCCGCGCCGAUGAGACCGGCACCAAUCUCUGCGGCGGCAUCCUCAUCGCGCCCAAGUACGUCUUGACGGCCGCGCACUGCUGCAACGGCGCCAUCAAAGUGGCGUCGGUCGGGUCGCACUAUGUGACCGGCGCCAAGGACGGCGAGCGCAUCUCCGUCGUACGCGAGACGCGGCAUCCCAAGUUCAACCCUGGCACCAACAGCUUCGACUUUGGCCUCCUCGAGCUCGCCAAGGAGAGCUCGAUCGCACCGCUGUCCGUGGCGUGGGACGCCGACGCCGACGCGUUCACCAACAUGACCGUGAUCGCACGCGGAUGGGGCACGACGUCCUGGGGCGGCAAGCAGGCCGACGCGCUCCAGCAAGUGACGCUGCGCAUGUGGUCGCAAGAAUCCUGCGCCAAGCAAUUUGCGGUCGUCGACAGCUCCAUGGGCUGCGCGGGGGGGCUCCAGGGACAGGACGCAUGCCAAGGCGACUCGGGCGGCCCUCUUACCACGGUCGAUGCGGGGCGCGAGGUGCUCGUCGGCCUCGUGAGCUGGGGCGUCGGCUGCGGCCAAGACGGCGUCCCUGGUGUUUACGCCCGCGUGGCCCAGGCCAAGAACUUUGUGGCGCCGUUUCUGCGAGCGCCGUCCGACGCGAUGGUCGCGUACGUGCGCAAGAUCACAGCGAAGUGCACGGUGUUUCGCGUUGCCAACUGCCCGCUCUGCGACGCGGCGGUCACGACGCUGCGCAGUGCAGGCGCCAAGACCACCGACGUUGUCCACGUCGACACGAGCGCCGGGCACCCGUCGGGCACAGACGUCUACAACGCGAUCGUGGGCCUCUCCGGUCUCAACACGGUGCCCAGCGUCUGGAUCAAUUCGACCUUUGUCGGCGGCGCGGCUGCCCUCCAGAGCCUCCGUGACGGCGGCAAGCUCCGCGACCUCAUCGAAGUCUGCCGUUAA